AUCGCCAUUCAAACAAACAAACCGUUCCCCCUCCUCCGGCGCCGCGCCCGGGACCGCCCCCGAGAGGCCACAUAAAACCGCGCUCCCAGAGCUGAGCGCGCAGCGAAGGACUGGCGGGCGGGGCGCACAGUGAAACUAGAUUCAGAGCAGCGAGCACUUGGGGACUUAGGGCCACAAGGAUACCGCGUCGGACCGACAGAUUGUUUUUGGAGGGCCGCGGGACGGGCACGCUGGGGUCGCUGGGGCUGGCCAUGGUGAUGGAGGUGGGCAUCCUGGACGCCGGAGGGCUGCGCGCGUUGUUGCGAGAGCGCGCUGCGCAGUGCCUGCUGCUGGACUGCCGCUCCUUCUUCGCCUUCAACGCCGGCCACAUCGCGGGCUCGGUGAACGUGCGCUUUAGCACCAUCGUGCGGCGCCGCGCCAAGGGCGCCAUGGGCCUGGAGCAUAUCGUGCCCAACGCCGAGCUGCGCGGCCGCCUGCUGGCCGGCGCCUACCACGCAGUGGUGCUUUUGGACGAGCGCAGCGUCGCCCUGGAGGGCGCCAAGCGCGACGGCACCCUAGCCCUAGCUGCGGGCGCGCUCUGCCGAGAAGCACGCACCACUCAAGUCUUCUUCCUCCAAGGAGGAUAUGAAGCGUUUUCGGCUUCCUGCCCCGAGCUGUGCAGCAAACAGUCCACCCCCAUGGGGCUCAGCCUCCCCCUGAGUACUAGUGUCCCUGACAGCGCAGAAUCCGGAUGCAGCUCCUGUAGCACCCCUCUCUACGAUCAGGGGGGCCCAGUGGAGAUCCUGUCCUUCCUGUACCUGGGCAGUGCCUAUCAUGCUUCCCGGAAGGACAUGCUUGACGCCUUGGGCAUCACUGCCUUGAUCAACGUCUCGGCCAAUUGUCCUAACCACUUUGAGGGUCACUACCAGUACAAGAGCAUUCCUGUGGAGGACAACCACAAGGCUGACAUCAGCUCCUGGUUCAACGAGGCAAUUGACUUCAUAGACUCCAUCAAGGAUGCUGGAGGGAGAGUAUUUGUCCAUUGCCAGGCCGGCAUCUCCCGGUCAGCCACCAUCUGCCUUGCUUACCUCAUGAGGACUAACCGAGUGAAACUGGACGAGGCCUUUGAAUUUGUGAAGCAGAGGCGGAGUAUCAUCUCUCCUAACUUUAGCUUCAUGGGCCAGCUGCUGCAAUUUGAGUCCCAGGUGCUGGCCCCGCACUGCUCUGCUGAAGCUGGGAGUCCUGCCAUGGCUGUCCUUGACCGGGGCACCUCCACCACCACUGUCUUCAACUUCCCCGUCUCCAUCCCCGUCCACCCCACGAACAGUGCCCUGAACUAUCUUCAGAGCCCCAUCACGACCUCCCCCAGCUGCUGAAGGGCCAGGGGAGGUGUGGAUAUUCUCGUGCCACCGGGACGCCACUCCUCCCAUGGGAGGAGCAAUGCAAUAACUCUGGGAGAGACUCAUUUGAGCUGGUCCUUAUUUAUUUAAGCCCUACCCCCUCCCCUCCCGAGUUCCACUGGGUUCCUAAGCAGUCAUAAUAAUGACUACUGCAAGACAUUUGCUGAACUCAGCAUUCGGGUCCAAUAUGUUGUGGGUACAUCAAGUCCCUCUGACAAAGCAGGGCAGAAGAGAAAGGACUCUGAGCCAGUUUCUUCACUUGCCCAUUUUUUUUUUUUCUAGAAACUUCAUGCUUGACAUACCUACCAGUAUUAACCAUUCCCGACGACAUACACGUAUGAGAAUUUUACCUUAUUUAUUUUUGUGUAGGUGGUCUGCCUUCACAAAUGUCAGUGUCUACUCAUAGAAGAACCAAAUACCUCAAUUUUUGUGUUUGCGUACUGUACUAUCUUGUAAAUAGACCCAGGGCAGGUUUGGUUUCAACACUGGUGGACAAAACCGGUGUUGGUUUGUAGUUUUUAGUUGUCAACAGUUGUAUGUUUGCUGAUUAUUUAUGACCUGAAGUAAUAUAUUUCUUCUUCUAAGAAGACAUUUUGUUACUAGGAUGACUUUUUUUUAUACAACAGAAUAAAUUAUGACGUUUCUAUUGA